GUCCUGUAGUAUCCUGCUACCAAUGUUUUGACGCAGCUGAAUUAAGAGCGAGUGAAGAGAGGGGGAGAGAAAGACGGAGGUUGAGUUGAAGACUGGGACAGACUUACACAGGGAUUCAUUGGAAUAAUCGUUGCCCGGUCUUCUGUUGCUCGGUACCGACUAACGGAGGAUUUCAGCCCGGUUGAACCACGCAGCUCACCGCGCGUCGCCCCGUACACAUCCGCAGUUUUUUAAGGGAACAGAUAGGACGAGUGGCGCUGCUUCGGAUUCCUGUGUGAUCCAAAGAAGAUGGGGUUGAAGUGAGCACUGGCAGCGCAGCAGGACAAAGCUCUGUGAAUAUUCGCCAUCCUGCAGGGGAUCUUAUCAACAAAUUCCUGAAACUGCAUUGAGAAACCCGCAGCUGGUCUAAAACCCAUCGAACCAGAUUCCACCUAACUUCAACCUAUGCAGGAGGACAUGGAGAAUUGACUGGAGACCAGAAGGCAGCUCCUCCGUCCGUGUCCACCAGCAGCGAUGGCGGGGCUCAAACGUCAUCACGAUGGGAAGAUCGCCGGGCUUUACGACCUGGACAAGACGCUGGGCCGGGGACACUUUGCUGUGGUCAAACUGGCCCGACACGUAUUCACUGGGGAAAAGGUAGCAGUGAAGGUGAUAGAUAAGACUAAGCUGGACCCGGUGGCGCGGGGCCACCUUUUCCAGGAGGUGCGCUGCAUGAAGAUGGUGCAGCACCCCAACGUGGUACGCCUCUACGAGGUCAUCGACACGGCCACCAAGCUCUACCUCAUCCUAGAGCUGGGAGACGGGGGAGACAUGUACGACUGCAUCAUGAAGCACGACGGAGGCCUCCCUGAAGAGGUGGCCAAGUGUUACUUUGCCCAAAUUGUCCACGCCAUCUCCUACUGUCACCGGCUGCACGUGGUGCACAGGGACCUGAAGCCAGAGAACGUGGUGUUCUUCGAGAAGCAGGGGGUCGUCAAGCUCACCGACUUCGGCUUCAGCAACCGGUUUCAGCCCGGGAAAACACUGAACACCUCCUGUGGCUCAUUGGCCUACUCUGCUCCUGAAAUACUGCUGGGGGACGAGUAUGACGCUCCUGCUGUGGAUAUCUGGAGUCUGGGGGUGAUCCUCUUCAUGCUGGUCUGCGGCCAGCCCCCCUUCCAGGAGACCAACGACAGCGAGACGCUCACUAUGAUCAUGGACUGCAAAUACACCGUGCCUCCACACAUCUCCCAUGCAUGCCGAGAGUGAGUAACGCGCACGCGCACACACCCGCACGGAUGGACGGAGUACUCUGCAGUAAACCUUGGUUUCUCUGUGUGUUUAACCCUUCACAGGCAGUCCUGGCCCACCAGAUUGGAUGUUAACCAGGAUGUCAGUGAUGGCUUGGGGGGUCCAACUAUCUCCCACCCCGGGGGGCCACAGUCACCUGCCCGCAGUGCUGAGAGCCUCCACAAAGGCCCCAGGCCCAAAACAGCUCUGCUGGACCUCAGCCAGCGGCAGGACCACCACACCACAGCAUCCAAGCAGCAGCAGCAGUCUGCACGACAGAACCAGGAGAGGGGACUCAGACCCCUGGUAAAGCCCCACGCCAACGCCCUCAGGCUGGGCUCUCUGACCUCAGUGGGACCUUGCAAAACUCGUAGUCCCAGUCUUUUUAGCGUGGAGGAGGAUGAGGAAGAAGAGGGGGAGGAAGACACAGGUUUAUCCGCUUCAGCACUACCUGCUCAGGUGGUGCUUCGUUGCAAAGCCUCUUCCGCUUCGUCCACGUCUUCUGCUGGUAAUCGGCUGACGUCCCGUAUGAGCGCUCCAGUUCUUAAUCAGAUUCACGAGGCGGAUAAAGAGGAUGAGGAAGAGGAGGAGAGGAGGGAGCUGCAUGGAUUCGGCCCACCCAAACCCAGCCUCAGCCUCAAUCUAAACUCUCGAAUACCAUCCCCGCUAACACUCGUACCAUCUCCGAGCGCUGAUGUAACCGCACCGGUUGCCGCUUUCACCCCCAGCUCAGAGACUAGUGACGAUGAGACAGAAAGUCACCAUAAACCAGACACGGCGACGGUAGGUGAACAAGGGGAUGAGAGAGAAGGGAGGAAAGAGGAUGGAGAGAAAAGGGGGUCAGGGCAGGGCAGUCCCUCCAGCUGUGCCAGUCCUGGAUCAGGUUCGUGCCAAGGCAAGGGCGCCGCCAAAGCUGCCAGCGGCCUGGUGGAAAGCUUAAAGCUGAUGAGCCUGUGCCUGAGCUCUCAGUUCCACAACCUGACGGGGGGAGGGGGAGAAAGAGGGGGAGGAGGAGGAGGGGGGGGAGGAGGAGGAGGAGGAGGCGGCGGCGGCGGCGGCGGCAGCAGCGGUGCCGUUGUCGCGGGGGAGACCCAGGACCAUCCCAUGUGGAGGAUGUGCAUGGGCGGCUCCACCGGUAGCCUGGAUAAGGUCUCGCUACUGGGUGGCCCCUCACCCAGGGGGAACCUGUACCACCACCACCCCUCGCUGGGAGACGCGCUGGCAGACCCGCUGCUGGAGGGCCCCUGCACGGCCACGCUGAGGCUGGGAGAGCUGGACCUGGCCAGGGAGAACCACAGGAACAUGAAGAACCGCGUUCUGCAGAUGCCUCUGAGCGACAAGACUCUGUCCGUCAACAUCCACCGGAGCCCCAAGGAGGGUCUGCUCUGUACUCCCACCCCACACAGCUGCUGCCAGGUCAUCUAGAGCCCCUCCACACUGCUCAGUCCUCAUCUAUAUUUCCCUUAUCAGGUUGCUUUUGUUUUAAAGUCAUGUCACCACUGGCUCACGUUAUGUUUUGCAAUUUAUUCCAUUUCCAAUUAUUCAGCACUCAACGGUGGAUGACUGGGAGAAAGUCCAAAUGCCUAUUUUGCACAUUUACAGACGCAAAAAGUCUCCACGGAGGAGCCUGGGUGCCAUGCCAAGUAUACGUAUGUGAAGCACUUUCCGCAGAUUAAACAGGACACUGACGGAACAUUUUAACCCGCCGGUGUGUUUGAAUAAGAGACAUUGAGUAUGGAAAUGGACACAGGAGGUGCUCACAUCCCUGCUCUUACACACUUAUCUACACUAUAUGUACACAUUUUGUGCACAUCCACUAUAUCACUCUGAUAAGCCGAUAAAAGGGAAAGCGAGUUGAGUUUCAGUAUCAUGUUACAUAUCCUCUUUUGUUGUACUUGAUGCUGUUUUUUAAAUACCAUUAUUUUUAAAGAUUUAAAUUUAUACUGUAUUUUCUUUUUUUAAUCUGACUGAAAGGGUUAAGGCCUGUGUUUUCAUUCCAGUAAGGAAGAAAGAAAAUGGACAACAGCACAUAAGUAUGAAGGUGGCACACAGUAUUUUGUAGUCUAUCACUGUUUUAUUUUUCUAUCUCGAACAUGUUUCCACAGACUCUGAAAGAAAAGGCCCACUCACUUGUCAAGUCUCUGCGCAGUUACACAGCAGAGUUUGUACAUAUGUGAAUAACCUAACAGUACUCCGUACCUGUAACCUUGUAUUGCAGUAGAACCCUGAAUACUAGAUCCUGAUACACCAUUAUUCGCCACUCCUACUGGAUAUUCAAGGUUUUUGGUUGAACCCAGAGCUAGAAAUGUGUUUGAUGGCACAAUAAAAACAGUCCAAUGAAAUUAUUGUACAAGUAAAGGCAGCUCUCUAAAUUCAAAACCAAAACCAUGUACAUCCUGCAGCUUUCCAGGAUCACGGUAGCCACUGUUGUAGCGUAUUCCAAGACAAAAACAACAAAGGGGUUUCAACUGUAUCAAGUAUCAAGUAUUGGUCUGUGUAACUGGAUGUGUGACCCACCCCUAGUGGAAUAUAUAACUUGACAGUGCAUGUGUUUUGCUGUAGCAACAUUAUUCUUACUCACUGAGGUCAAUCCACCUGCUGUAUCUACGUAACAUUCAAAUGGUCACUUUACUGUAGCCUCACAACAAUACCAGCGACUGCAAAAUGUACAACAAAAAUGGAUGUGCCAUAAAUCUGUCUUGAGCAUAUUGUACUGUAUGUAUAUGAUAGAGAUCUAUUAAAAGGAAAUGACGUGAAAGGA